AUGAAUCAACAACGACAUCAGACACAGCAGCCACAACCACAACCUUCAUACUAUCCUCCGUCUUCAUACUCUUAUCAACAGCCAUACCCACCUCACAAUCACGACUUACGACCGCAUCACCAACAUUCACCCUAUUCUGCUCCGCACUAUCAACAGCAGCAGCAACAGCAACAGCAACAGCAACCACAACAGCAGCAACCACAGCAACAACCACAACAGCAGCAGCAGCAGCAACCACAACAACCACAGCAAUCCCUGCAGCAGUCUUCACAGCAGCAGUCUCCACAGCGACAGUCUUCACAACUGCAGCAGCAACAGUCUCCACAGCAGUCUUCACAACUGCAACAACAGUCUCAACAACAACCACAACAGCAACAGCAAUCGACGCAGCCGUCUCAGCAAAAACCUCAACAACAGCAGCCACAGCCGCAACAACCACAGCGUCUGCCUUCCAUAAGAGAAUUAAUAAACGGUCCGUCGGCUUUAGAACAAUCCACGUCUAGCUCUGCAAAUUCUACUCCUCCUCCCAAUAAUUCGGGCGCUACCUCUCCGCAUUUCAACUAUCGUUCUCUCUUUACUGGCGGCAGAUAUGAUUCCGCUUCUCCCACUA